UGCUCCAACAUGACAGAAAUGGAUGGCAUGUUCUUUUACAACGUCAAGCAACCAUGAAUUAUUGUGCGUUCUAAAUGGACGUCCGCUUUCGAUACAAGGUUCCGGAUGGUCUCCGUCCAUUGUUAGAGGCUUUGGCCAGAGAAACACUACGAUCGCAGCCGGAUGAUGUAAUACGAUUUGCACAACUAUUCUUCGAUGAGCUUCAACUACAUAGAAAGAAGAAUCCUAACACUGAUAUAAUCGGCGAUCCUGUGGCCUACGAAAUGUUCCGCACCGAUUUACAAAGGCGGUACAGUGAAAGCGAGCACGAACCCCGAUGUGCUAGUCCCUUAGACGAAGCCGCCACCAAGAUUCAAGCGGCGUUCCGUGGACAUGUUGUGCGCACCCAUCCUGAGAAAUUUGGGGUUGGCAAGGUAAUGUCAAGAACCCAAUCGCAUGAGAAAAUGCAGUCCCUGAACACCAAGAAGGACCUCAAGCGUCAUUCCCCGCCACUAAAAUCCAGGCUCAUAUCAGGGGUUUCCUCACUAGAAAACAUUUGGAAGACCAAGGUAUCUUAUCGCCGACACGUUCUCGAAGCUCACUUCAUUCUCAUGAAUCUGAUGAAAAUCACAACUGAUGAUAUCUGGACAUCGCUUAAAGAGAAUCUGCACGUUCAUUCUACGCUUAGUGAAGGUGACUCGAAUUGAACAUAUUCUCAUGCAUCGAAAUAAUCGUAUCAUAUAUCAUUAUGCGUUUUUUAUGUAACAAAGUUCUUUCCUUUAUUAUGUGCGAAUUUGUAGAACGUAAUGGAGUUCGCUAUCGUUUGACAUUUUUAGUUGAUGAUGUCAGAUUCUGUAACAUUCGGCAAAAUAAGCUGUGAUUUCAUUUUUACGCUCCCAAAAUUUUUUCUCUGUUCAUCAGCUUCACAACUACAUACCAGGGCGUAUGUAGUAGCUGUAAAGCAUGAUCGCAGUAGUUUUGUUUGAUUUGUGAGUGAAUUGUACAAA